AGAAUGGCAACUGCUGCUGACUCUGUCAUUACAACAAAUAAUUAUUUAUAUUUGCCGAAUGAUCCUUUCCAAUGGAAUUUACCCGAAGGUGUUUAUAUAACAUAUUUACCACCGACCAAUAGUUCUGGUGAUAUUUAUCAUAUGGUAAGCUAUUUAAUGUUAGCAGAAUACGAAAAGAAAACAUUACCAAUGAUUCAAUUAUCUUAUGAUGGAAAUGCAACGUCGAAGAAAAAUGAAAGUGAAAUGAAUACUUACUCACAAACCCAACGUUGUAUACAAUUCGCUAAACAUCUCGGCUUUGAAAAGUGCUUUCUUAAUCCAAUAAAACUUCCUGGGAGUGGUUUUCGAUCAAAUCCUCGUCAAAAGAAACUCCUCAAUUAUCUGAAAAACAAUAUUAUCUCAAAAGGAAGAGUUUACUUUGUUGAACAAAAAUUAUUAACCACAUUAAUAUCGCAUUAUUUUAUUGAAAACGGUCGAAAUAAGGCUACAGACAUUUUAAGAGAAUCAUUUCAAAAAUGGUCGGUGGAUGAAAAAGUGAAUAAUACUAUUAAAAACGAUGUGCAAGAUGAAAUUAAACGCAUGGAUGCCUCAAAAUCUUUAAUUAUUAUACAAUACCGUUAUUCAUCAAAAGCUAAUAAAAAUGAGAAUACUGAUGAUAUUGAAAUUUUUAAAAGACUGAACAACUAUUUAAAUGAAAAAAACUAUAAUACAUGGUAUUUAUUUGUCGAUUCAAGGUCAACUGAGCCAAGCACAAUUGAACAUAUCCACAAUAAAAAGCAUUGCUUUCCUUAUGAAAUUCAAAAUAUUGAUUGUGGAAAACUGUUUCAUUUAGAAUUCCUUCUACAAGUAUCAAAAUUAAAAAACCUUCAAGGUAUUAUUGGUAAUACAAGUGGUUGUCUUGAUUUAGCUGCAUUUGUCGGUCAUAAUGUUCUUAAUUUUCACCAAUUUAAUAAUAAAAUGAAUUAUCAAUCUUACAGAAUAUUUCUUCAAU